AUGAUAACACAGAUCACUUGGACAGAUCACCAAUACAAAUUCUGUGAUAUUUACAGAAAUUAUGUGAAGAAACCACAAUGAACAUAAAAAAGUGACAUAGAAAAUAUUUAAUGCAGUUAAAAUAAAAGCAAGGAAACAAAUGUUAACAAUUUCACAAAUCAUUAGUUUGACUAGAAUGGAAAAUUAGUGACUCCUCAAGGAUGGACAAACUGGCCACUCAGUUCACAUUCAAAAUUAACCAUGUUCUGUUUAAUAAUGAGGGAAAAUACUUCCUCAAGGUAUCCAUCAAAACAGAACCAGAUGAUGAAUUAUCAAAAUUGGGUGUGACAAUCUGUCAGAAGGGGGACUCAUUCAUAGAUGGCUCUGAGUGUUUUACAGGGGAUAUUCUGCAAGGGGCAGAGGGUGAGGUGUGUGAGCUGACAGAACGAGAGGUGAAAAUGAAAUUACCAGCAGGAGGCCUAUCAGAUGGACAUACAACAAUAUUGUUGGUGGAGGCGUAUCACAGAGAAGGGGGUCAGAUGGAACACCUAGGGGUCCCCAAACUGGGUGAGGCAACAUUCGUUAUCUACCCAAGGAAGCAUCCACCAAAACCAAACUAUGAUGCUAAACCAGGCCAGAACUUGUAUAGCUACACUAGUAUACUCCAGCUACUCCACGUCCUUUCUGAAAACAAAGCUGUGGCCGCCCAUGUGGGACGCAUAAAAUAUACAGCAUCAUUACUUGAUAUCACGGCUCAAGAGACACCAGAGGAGGAUGAAUUACAAAUACCUAACAAAGAUGAAACUGAGGCCCAACCAAGCACAGCAGCCCAAUCCCCUGAUGAGAAACUUGACUCCAACCCCCAAACUCCUGUAAAUCCUCACCCCCAUGAUGAUCGCCCCAGCUCCAUGCCCCAAGAGCAAACUCCCAGGGUUGGCACCCCACCCAAGUCUGCUACCCCCCUGGUUCCGAGCUUAUCCCCAAAGAUGUUCCACAGACCUUCUCCUCUACCCCCAAUUAAAAGCCCCAGGACCCCCAGGAAAAUGACACCCCCUUUAACCAACAUUGAAAAUCAAUCUCCAGAAAGAGGGCCUCCUUCUGAGGAGACAUUACUUGACCAUGCAUGGAACGUAGACCCUGUGCCAUCUGUUUCUCUGAAGUCCCAAAAGAUAGGAAAUAUUAAUCCACGGUGCCAUGUAUCAAGGGAAGGCUAUGAGGAGGUAGCGGUGCUUAUCCAUGGUGCCUCAAAUGUGCCUGACUUCAGAGGAAGAACACCUUUGCCCUACAUGGCAAUGAGUAUUGAACUGAACAACAACAGAAAGAGUAGUUUCAAGCCAAGGCGAGUAACACAACUUCUUCCCCACCCCACUCACCAUCCUGUAUGGGAAGAGGAGGCCGUUCUGGAACUUGAAGCAACUGAUAACAAAUAUUCAGCAUUGGUACUGGCUAUAUCUGAAGAGGAUGAAAAUGAAGAGUUGGUUCAGUACAGGAUACCAAUGUCUUAUCUUGUGCCUUUUCAUCAGUACCAUUUAGAAUGUGUACAGGGUUCGACUCGACUUUACAUCUCUGUGAGACAUAAAACCAGCAAGCUACCUAUAGACGCCACCUGCCCCUAUUAUACUGGCCUGGAGGUACUAAUACAGGGUGUUCACAGACAGUUAGCCCACCCUGUAGGUCCCAUAGUUACUGUAGCAAGGGUUGUGUCAGAUGUCAAUACACAAAGCGUGGAUGGUGUACACGAUGCAAAGUCCCAUUCAGUUAGAUGUGGUCUUAUUAUGACGACGGUUGUGUUCCCCCAUCCCCACCCGUCAUCAUUUACUGUCCCCCUCCAGCAUUCCCAGGGGUACCCACAGGUUACUCUCCCUGGUGACCCCCAGGAUAGACCCCAGUGGGACCACAACUUCCUAUUCUCUCAUCCCAGGGACAAAGCUACUCUGUUCACCCCUGGUGCGGGAAUUAUCUUGGAGUUCUACACACGCAAUCUUGCAGAUUCUGGCUGGCGUCUUCAAGAAUUUGUGGGUUUCUCAACAGUGAAUUUAGACCCAGUGGCAUACAAGUUUUUAUCUUCUGAUAAAUGUAGUAUGGGAGUACAACUAGAAGACAUCCCUAUGCAGGGAACUCAGCUGAAAUGUGAUGAUGGGAAAGCUCCAAUGUUUAACCUUGUUUUACGCCUUCUCAUAUCACAGCAACCAGAUCAUAUUCAAGCUCUGAGCAAUUUAGAGUCCAUCCCAAAGCUCUCUCUCAAUCCGAGCGAUCCAAUGGAUUUCUUCUAUCGCUCCGUUUCCACUGAUCUUCGCGACAGUGCCUUGAUUGAUCAAAUAAUAGAUGGACACUUACACCGGGAAGACCCUUGGGGUAGUCAUCCCACAGAGGAUGAUAUCAUUCGAUCGUUAACCCCAGGAGUGAAGUUUUUUAAACAGCCAGUGUUACAUCGGAGAAACAAUCUGGUUGGGCCUCCAGAGAACCAAGCACAGAACGGAGUUCCUGGCCUCCCACCCCCAGAUGCCAUGGAGAAUAUCCUUCCUGAGUACAAAUACAUCUUUGUUGAUAAAGAUGGUAAAGGGAGGCCUCCAGGCAGGGACCUGCCUAGUGGGAACACAAGCUUACAUGCUACAGGACACAGAGAGCCUGCUGGUCCAAGUGCAGCUCCACAGCAUGUCAACACAAACCAAAGAUUACCAGAUGACCUUGAUCGCACAACUCUUAGCCUGAUAGAACACCAGAUGAGAGAGCUUGAAAACUACCGCACAGCUGUCCAGAAAAUGGGUCAAGAUAUCUUAACAUUACGUGAAGAGCUACGCGAGAAAGACUUUGAGAAUAGUAAGCUUAGGAGAGAUAUUGCUCACUAUGAGGAUUCUAGGAGAUACUUGCUUGAUUCCUCUGAUAUGGAUGACUUAACAAAGCCUGAAUUGGCUGAAAGAUAUGUUGUGUUGAAACAAAGAGUGUCCAGGGAAAAUAGGGAAAUGCAGGAAUACAAGGACAGAUUGCAGAAACUCCAGAAUGAACUCAUCAAAAAGAAUGAAGCAGAGAAGGAGUAUCUUAGUGCUCAACAGGGCCAGAAAGCCCAACAAGAAGUCAUCCAAAAAUUGCAGUCACGAAUGGGACGUGUUAAACAAUUAGAGGACGCUUGUAAAAAGCAAGAAAAGGUCAUUGAAAAAAUGGAGAAAAUUAUGCACGCUAAUAAUAAACUAAAAAAUACAGACAGUUCUUCAACUAAUGAUGCUUUAGUGGAAGAAAAUCGGAGGUUGCGUCAUGAAUUGCAAGAUUCUCGCCACCACCAGGGGUCUCUGCCUGAUGAUGAUAAGGAAAAGUUACAACUGUAUGAAACUUUGGAAAAGGCAGAGGGCCGGAUCCUCUCUUUAGAAAAGCAGUUGACAGAGAAUUCCCGCAAGUGGGGCAAGGAGAAAGUGGAUCUGCAGUUGAGGCUGACUGAGGCACAGCAUGGGGUCAGGGAGAGACCUGAUAAUAACAGCUGGUCAGACAAUGGCUUCCAUGAAAGGUAUGGGCGAGAUGAACUCCCUGAUCCUCGACGAUUCUCUAAGUCACAUGGUGGGAGAAAAUAUUCUCCAAAACUGGACCCUAUAGACCACCCAUACAGAUAUAACUGAAGUUCGGAGUUAAACAACUCACAGUUUUAAUGCCAUAACAGUCAUGCUUUUGAAAAGCAAACUAGAGUAAAAAGGAAUGGAAUUAGCAAGGAAUAAAGUGAACAGAAGUCAAGUUUACACUCUAAAAUAUAUUAAGAAAUGUCAGAAAAUCAGAGGGCUCAUUCAAAAAUGAAAGAGAAAUGUUUGCCAUAUAAGGUAUGACUGUGAUGACAUUGAAUCUGGUAAUGAUAUUGGUGCUAAAAAUAUUUACUCAUAUAAAGUGAUAGUCCAGCUGUAACUAAGAGGGAGUAUUGACCCACAUGAUUGGUGUACCUGCAGAACGGAUCAGGCAGUUCAGUGAGGAGAAAAAGAUUGUACCUGCA